GCCUAAAAACCAAUGAGCCUUUAAUAACGAAUGAAUGAGUAACGCCAAGUAACGUACGCAACUGUUAAUUCCAGAUGCAGGUACUAGUACGACCUUGUCGCUCCCCAAAAUUGAAUCCAAGGCACUGCUCAUACACUUGUCGCCCUCUAGUCUCUACUAAAUGUCGGCUAUCAAUAGCUGUCUUGAAUGAUUAUUCGGACAUUCCACAUGGACAUCUGGCUGAAAUCCCUGCGACAAAUUGUCUGUUACGAGCUUCCGGGAGCCUCUCCCUCCGUAUUCCCAUAAACAGACAACCAUGGCCCAGACAGAUGCAAUUGUUAAUCGUCUGAAGCCAUUUACCAUAAUAUCCAGCAUGCGAGAACGAACUACUUUCCCGGCCGAUCUGCUACAGCGGCUUACGUACUUGAAGCUUUUGCUGGCGACAGGAACUCGGUUCGAUACUUUUGAUCUGGCUGUAGCGAAGGACUUGGGUAUUACUGUAGCGGCAGCUCCCAGGAGGGAAAAGGUCAGUCAGCCUACAACUCAGCACACAUUGGCAAUGACACUCGCGAGAAACACACAGCUAGCAAAGGGAUUGACAGGUACGAAACUGGGAGUAGCGGGUCUAGACCGGCUGGGGGCAGCGGUUGCGCGCAUUGGAGCUUUGAUCUGUUUGAGUGCCGAAAUGGGGUUGCCUGUACAUGGUGGUGGGCGAGAUGCAGACGCACCCGCCUUCAUCACUGGGAGCAAGGAGGAGCUGUUUCGAAACACUGAUAUGCAGACUCUGCAUUAUGUUCUAACGCUAUUAGUUAAUACCUCACGUGGACCACUGAUCGAUGAUGUCGCCCUCUUUGAUGCCUUACAUAACGGCCGAAUUGGUGACGCAGCUCUAGAUGUUUUUGACCGUUCGCGGGAUUGGGGCCAUGGGGUUACAAGUAAUCUGCAGAUCACCCCCCAUAUGGGAUAUGUCGAAGAGGGUAUCAUGCACACGUGGUAUGAGGAAACCGUAGAGAAUAUAGAGCGAUGGAUUCAGAGCAAGAAUGGUUUUACACCGCCUGCAAUGGUAGUUGUCUGCCGAUGA